GUUGGUUCGCUUGUACUUGAGCUCGAUGAGGUCACCGAUGCACAGCAGUUGUCGCUCCACUUUUUGAAACUUCGCGACACGCUGCAGCUACAGGCUGGAAAGCUUACAUGAUGCUCCCUACAUGAGUUCCAUGGGAAGAAAGAGCCAGAAGUAGUGUAUAACUCUCUCGGGUAUAUAAAGAGGCAUUCAGCAUAACAUAAUCGGAACUCAGCGUAGUGAGCGAGUAACCUGCUCCAACAUCGGUCAAAAUCUACACAUCGAAAUCAUUAAGGAAUCAUGGCCACCAUGAAGCUCUUACUUGUCCUGAUGAUGACAACCGUAGUUGCCAUCUGUGCCCGUGACCCCGAGCUCACAACUGACUUCGCCGUCCCAGUAGGAAUGAACGCUUCCAUGAUCACUGGAGAUUUCUUCACAUUCACAGGACUCAGAAACUUCUCUGCUGCUCCAAACACCUUCGGCUCCAAGAAGGUUACGCAUGUCGAAUUCCCCGCUCUCACUGGACUUGGCGUCGGCGUUACCCUCCUCGAGUACAAGCCCAACACUCUGAACCCUCCCCACACUCACCCGCGUGGAUCAGAGCUCAUCUACGUCAUGGCCGGACACUUGGACGUCGGCCUCAUCGACUCUGCCAACAAGCUGUACGCCGCCCAUCUCCAUGAGGGUGACUUGUUCGUGUUCCCUCAGGGUCUUGUUCACUUCCAGAUCAACAUGUCCAAGAAGAAGAGUGUUCUCGCCAUCUCUGCUUUCGGUAGUUCCAACGCCGGCACCAUCUCUUUGCCCAGGAACAUCUUUGGUUCAGGCAUUGAAGACGAGGUCCUCCUCCAGGCUUUCAAAAUCACCUCCGCCGAGUUGAUGAAGUUGAAAGCUCCGUUUAUGCCCACCAUGUAGAUUUACAGUAGUAUCACUGAAGUCUCUAGGUUGAUAUAGUUCGUAGUGCAUGCUCUGUAAUUUCUUACUCGCUGGACAUCUGCUUGAUGAGGAUCAAUUUGAGAAAAUGUUUCCUGAUCAGUUUAAACGUUUAACCAGAGGAGGUUUGGUUCCUGUGAGGGAGUUUCAAAGGAAUGUUGAAUUGGCGUAUGACAUAAACCGUCUUAGCAAGCACUUCCAGGUAGCAUACAUGUUUCACUUAACUCUGUCAUAUGAAUGGACAGACUAAAGUCCACGUUCUAUCAUUUCAACUUCAUUAAAUCUGUCACAACGACGUCCGGGUCACAGCACUUGAAAGCUGGCAUGUUCUGAUGUAUCCACAUCGUACUCUGCAAGCUACAAUAUAGAGUC